AUGGACACAUAUAUCGAUGGUCGCUUCGAGCGCCUCGAAAAAGCACUUGCAAAUUUAAUUGAUUCAGUCACCAAGUUUCAUCCUUCUAUACACCAAGGUGAUGAACUCGAUGCGGCGGACAAAGAGUUAACCAAAGGCUUGGAAGAAGUUCAAACUCACCAGAACAACUAUCUACGAAUACAACAACUGCGCGAAUCCUCAGCAGCCCUCGAUACCCAGAUCCGCGAAACACUCUCCAACCUCGCGACCACCCGCAAGGAUAUUGUCACGACGCACACCACAACCUUCCCUGCUGGCCCCAGCUAUGCCAUCGCCUACGAGGAACUGCUCAACUAUGCCAGGCGUAUCAGUAAAACGACCAUGCCCCCUGCUGGUACCAUAAAGGCUGUGCCAGCAACAGCAGCACCGCCAACACCCGAGGGCCAAACGCCCGGCGCUCAGACCCCUGGACCCGAUUCGCAAACCGCGUCUGUCAUGACGCCCUCUGCACCUCCGUCGUCCCAGGUUCAAAGCCCGGCAGUCAUGAACGGUACACCGCAUGUUUCACAAGACCCUGCGACACAACAGUCUGCAAUGUCCGCCAACACUAGCCUUCCCAGCGAGUGGACCCAAUUCUUGAACCCCUUGACCGAUCAGAUCUUUCUUCCAUGGCCAAACGAUCUUCAACUUGGCGCAGGCGCUCUGGCUGCUCAUCAAGUCUUGCUAGAGCAAGGCAUCAACCCCAAGGGAUACGAUCCAGCGGAGGAAGAAGAGCGCAAGCGCCUCGAGGAAGAAGAAAGAAAGAAAAAGGAAGAGGAAGACCGUAUCGCCCAGGAAGAGCGAGAGAAGAAGCUCCGCGAAGAACGCGAGCGCCAGCGCAUCGAGAGGGAACGCCAAAGAGAGAAGGACCAAGAGGCCUGGAGGCGCGCAAGUCUCGUCGGUGGUUCAGCUGCCCCUGGCGAGCAGAGGAGCCCUACUGGACCUCCGCAACAAAAGGCCCAGUUCCAGUUUACUAAUUUGGACGAUUUGGAUGACGAUGACGACGAUGAUUGA